AUGGGGUCACUCCGCAGAUUAAUAACUCGCUUGUCGCGAGAAAGAGAAUAUUCUGACAUGUAUCGUGCAUUCAUGGCAGAAUACAUUCAGCUAGGACACAUGGUACGAGUACCAGUCAACGAAUUGCCCGCAAACGCUUAUUUCUUGCCUCACCAUGGGGUAUUGAAGCUUGAUAGUGCCACUACGAAGCUCCGCACAGUGUUCAAUGGUUCCUGUGCAACAUCUACAGGAAUUUCAUUGAACGACAUUCUCCACGCAGGACCCAAAACGCAAAUUGACAUUUUUGAUGUGAUGUUGAGAAUCCGUUGCAGCAGGAUUCUAUUCGCUACUGACAUCACCAAGAUGUUCAGACAGAUUGAGGUCGACUCGCUUGAUUGGCCGCUUCAGUGCAUUCUCUGGAUAGAUGAGAAUGACUUAAUAGACGCUUACUGUCUCAAGACAGUCACAUACGGAACCGCUAGUGCACCUUUUGACGCUGUACGUGUGCUUAUCCAACUAGUAAAGGAUGAAGGACACCGCUUUCCGCUAGCUGUUGCUCCAAUGUUGAAAACACGCUACGUAGAUGACAUCUACGGUGGAGCGGACAACGAAGAAGACGGGGUCAAGGCUGCAGUACAAACAAAGCUCUGUGUGCAGCAGGCUGCUUCCCGCUUGCCAAAUGGGCUAGCAAUAGCCCACGGUUACUCGCUGAAGUCGCUCCAGAAAAGCAGCUGGAUACACCGCUUAAGGAAAUCAGUGAUGCACCAGUAA